UUUUUUGUAUUCCAGCUUUGCGUGCGUGUGUAAGUCGAUUGUGUUCGGCGGACGUCAACAUGGUUACUCAAAAGAAGCAGAAAAAGGCGAUCGAGAGCAUCAACACUCGACUCGCGUUGGUCAUGAAGUCUGGAAAGUUCGUCCUGGGUUAUCGACAGACUUUGAAAACACUGCGUCAAGGAAAAGCUAAGUUGGUCAUCAUCGCCAACAACGCUCCGCCGUUGCGAAAAUCUGAAACGGAAUAUUAUGCCAUGCUGGCGAAAACUGGUGUCCAUCAUUACACCGGCAACAACAUCGAACUUGGCACGGCGUGUGGCAAAUAUUUCCGUGUUUGUACGUUAGCGAUCACAGAUCCGGGUGAUUCCGACAUCAUCCGCACGAUGCCGGCAUCGGAAGGCGGUACCGCUCCGUCAUAAGUGCAUUGUUCAGUGACUUAGAACGGUUAAUAAACCAGUUCGUUCUUUCCUGAAUACCAUCA